CGGACAUCAGACACGAGGCCGUAGCUCAACUCCCGCUCGUGCUGCACGGGGAAUGUUUGCGUGCUCUGCAGGAUCAUCCACAAUGGGCGGCACGCUGCUCUGGCUGUGCGCGUUGACUUCGGUGUCUUGGGAAGUCGUCUCGUCCCAGGACUCCGUCUAUCACAACGUCGCACUGGGAGCUCAGGCCACGAGCACCGUCAUCACGGACGGGAACAAGGACACGUGCUUGCCGAUGAACUGGAAAACGACGGACAUUCUGCAAGUGUAUCUGGUCAACUCGACCGCCGUGCACGCGGUGUCCAUCGUGUGGAACAUCAACAACUUCUUUUACAUCACUCCCGUGGCCUCUAUUCACGUGGGCGACUCCCUCGGCCAGCAAGGGAGCAAUAAUACCAAGUGUCAGGACAUAAAGAUGGAUCAAGGAAGCAGUAUGUCCACCUACAACUGUGGAGGAAUAAAUGGCAGAUAUGUGACAUUGAAUUUAGACAGCAUUGCGACGUCUUACAUUUGUGAAAUCAUGGUAUCAGCGACUCCACUGAAAGAGGGAACUCAGGUGCUGAUGUACGGAGUGGCGUCUCAGUCGAGCAAAGUGGCGCCUGGUGCAGGGCCCUGGAAGGCCCUGGACAGCCGCGUGGACAACGCCUCGGCCCCCACGCUCUGCAUGGCCUCAACGGCGGUGACCGCGGGACACGGGUGCAGCAUCACGUACAUGGACUGGGAGCCAUGGUGGCGCCUCGACAUGAUGCUGCUCUACAGAGUGAAGAGCGUCACCAUCGCCGGUCGUGGGGACAUCAAUGGCCUCCGUCUGUUCGGAGCCGAGAUCCGCGUCGGGAACUCGGUGACUCGGGAAGACAACGGCAUAGCACAACUGAGUAAAGAGUGGUCUCCUCAUGGGCAGCCUGGCCGCGCAGUGGAGCGGCAGUCAAUGGAGAGGACUCGAAUAAAGAAACGACCGCCUGCAGAGAUGAAAUCCGCUCGCACAGCAGUGAAGCGGAUUGUGGGGAGAUGUGACCAGGAUAUAUUCGUGACUUCUGGACAGUCGAUGGAGUUCCAUUGCCCGCCCUGGCUGGUUGGCCGCUUCCUCACAGUGGCCUUGCCUGGGCGGGUGGACAGCCUGGGACUCUGCGAAGUCUCCCUCCUGGCAAACCCCAUGCUUAAGAGUAGCAUCUUCUGGAAGAACGGCAUUAUCAGCACCAGCGAUUCCACCACACCCUACUGAUGCACCUCCACGGGGCGGUUUAUUCAUUUAGGCACCACGUAAAUGGUGGCCAUUUUGUCAUCAUCAAUCUGUAAUAAAGCUCGUUGAGGCGA